AUGACUCGUCCAUCAAAGCUAAAAUCCAAUGCUAAAGAGCAAGAAAGAAACAACUAUGGAACGUUUACAAAAAAAUCAAGGAUAUCUGAUGAAUUGGAUGAAUGGGGAGACGAAAAUGAUAGUGGGUGGGAUGAUGAUGAAGUUAGUUUAUUAAACGAAAAAAAAGCUCUUGAGUUGACUUGGUCAGAUAACACACACUUGGAACAAAAAAAACGUGGACCAUAUCUUACCGGAAAAAUAAAAAAAUCAACAUAUUUUGACAAGUAUGGACCAAGUGGUUCCUUUACAAAAGCUGCAAAAAGAACCAUGAAAAUUUCAACUUUCAUGAAUAGAAAUCAGACAAUUCCGGAUGAUUUUGUAGAAGUUUUGGAUGAUUUGGAUGAAGAGGAACAGAAUCAACUCAAUAUAGAUGAAAGAAUCAAAAAUCUAAAGACUUAA